GAAGGAGAUAAAGGGUCAGUAUGGCUACAAAUUGAACCAGGGUUGUAUGAUAUACGAUAGGUGGAAAGGAAAGGAGUGCAAAACGUAGAGCCAAGGAGAGCUAUUUGCUUGUCUCUGUCCUGUUUCUAACAUACCCGUGCGUCCAUUAUGGGAGAGGCUGUCUGCGCCUUGCUUUCGAGCCCUUAAGGAUAUUGUACACUGAUCUGGUAGAAUGCGCGAAAUAAAGUUAUGCGAAUCAAGGCGAAAAGGCGGCGUAGCCUUUCCACUGAUUGACCCGCGUCGGGAUAUCAUACAAUAAAGCUGUCCGUGGCGUGGUGUCCAAGAUGGUCCGAGAUUCCAGCGUCGCACUUCGGAGACAACGGACUCCCAAGGAUUAUCAGAACAAAUUAGACGGUGACGCAAAAUCACGUCAAAUUGAAGACCCAGUACACAGCCUUGGCUUGUCGACCAUACACGGGGGAAAAAAGAAAGCGGGAAAGGGGCGAGAGCCUGAUGAGUAUUUCGUACAAAUGGAGACAAAAAAAAAAGACGACGUGGAUUUGGGGAAGAAGGGAAACCGCCCCAGUUGGAAAGGAAAAGAUGCUGCUCUCGUACUUCUGGGCCCUGGUCUGUCAAAUUCCCCUCUGCCGCUGAGAAGGUGCAAGGUGGAAAUUGGCGAUAGCGACAACGACAGGGAAUAUGCGCCAGCUCUCGCUUGCAACUUGGUACGAGAUGCAGGCAGCAGGAACAAAAAACCUGAACGAUGCGCCGUUUGCAAGACGUGCGUUGUUAGUGGUUGGAGGCUGGGGAGGAGCCUGGAAUUCCGGGGGAUUUAAUUAAUUGGUCCCUGGUGGUGAGAAGUGCCAGACUCUUUGGUUGUAUUUUCCAAUGUUUAUUUGUUUAUCCCCAAGCGCUGCAGACGCUUUAGCGCAAAGAAGGCCAUACGAGUACUGUAGCUAGGCUGGAGCUUCGCUGAGCUACCGCGGCGUUGGGGGUCGGCAUGC